UUAGUGUUGUCUGUGGGAGAGCUCCUUGAGAGAGCUAAUCGAGACAUUGUUCGUAGUCCUGAUGAACCAACAGUUGUUGGGGACAUUGCAGUUGAUGUUGAAAAUGGAAGGAAUGCUGAUCCCUGCACAUCUACUGGCUGCAAGUGGCCCAAGUACAGUGAUGGACUAGUCUACGUACCCUACGUCAUUGCCAACCACUUCACCUCCCGUGAGCUGCAGGUCAUCCAGCGAGGUCUAGAUUCCUUUGCAUCUGUCACAUGCAUUCGUUUUGUUCCACGCUACAAUGAGAGGGAUUAUAUCAGCAUUGAGUCACGCAGCGGAUGCUACUCUUAUGUUGGGCGGCUUGGUUAUGGUCAAACAGUGUCUCUGGACCGCAGUGGCUGUAUCUACCACAACACUGUCCAACAUGAGCUACUUCACGCUCUGGGAUUUAAUCAUGAACAGACCCGCAGUGACCGUGACAACCACAUCCGUGUCGUCUGGGAAAAUAUAAUUGAAGACAUGAAGUAUAACUUUGACAAGAUUGCUACUCUGAACCAGGGAACUCCCUAUGACUACGAUUCUGUAAUGCAGUACCACAGAACUGCAUUCUCAAAGAAUGGUCUGCCCACUAUGGAGCCCAUCCCAAACAGCAAUGUAGCAGUCGGCUUGGCCAGAGAGAUGAGCCAAAAUGACAUUGUUAGAAUCAACAGGCUCUAUGAGUGCUGAACAUGAGAAAAUUUAACGCUUGUGGUCUGUGCUGUGGCAAAUAUCCAAGGAUGUAUUUCGCCCUCUAACCAAAUGGGAGCUCUGACUGAUUUAUUGUUUAUAUGAUUAUAAAAAAUAAAAAAUAAACCACUGAAAUAAAAUAAUGCACAUUUAUUAAA